ACAUGUGGUGGGCCUCACUGAGGAGAAAACUUUAUCAAGACUCUCAGCUUCAACCAGAACAAAACUGUCCAGUGUUUCCUCAGGUAGACACACACUCUCAGAUGUGUCUAAAACCAUGUUACGUUGGGAGGGUAAAAUGUUGCAUCUGAUGGUGUCUACCUUCCCUCUAAAGUGGGCUGCAAACUCCUCACAGAGGGGGUUUGAGGGGGUUUUAUGAGUUGAAUUUAAGUUGGAGUUGAGAAUAUUAAUUUUGGAGAAAAUAAUUUUAGGGUUAUUUUUAUUGUCUGAGAGAAUUUUGGCAAAGUAUGCGUUUCUUGAAUUUCUUACGGCAUUUUUGCAUGUUUUAAGUAGUUCUGAAUAUAUCUGAUGGUUUAUUGUUAAUUUGUUUUUCCUUCAUCUCCUCUCCGCCACUCUGCAAUUUCUCUUUAGUUUUUUUGGGUUUCAUUUCUCCAAGGUGAUGUAUGAUUUGACUGUAAGUUUUUGGUUUUGAGUGGAGCAAGCAAGUUAAGAGCUGACUCAAGUCUUCUGUUAAAAUCAUUGAUAAUGGCAUCACCAGGGGCGGAGACGUUAGUUGGAGGGAUAUUGUUAAAAGCUUCAAGAAAACCAGCAGCCAUGUCAGGGCUUAGAUGACGCUUCUUUACAGUUCUCACAGAGGGCCCCCACUGGAUAACGCUGGUGAUGUUAAAAAAUACGCAAUAGUGAUUGGAUACUGCCAAGUCGACAACAGAGGACACACCAGUGGACACAUACGUGAUGACCAGGUCCAGGGUGUGUCCUCUGUCGUGAGUUGGCUGCGUGACAUGUUGGGUAAAAUCCAUAUACCGUAAUUUCCGGACUAUAGAGCACACCUCAAUAUAAGCCGCACCAAGCUAAAAGCUGCAGAUAUCUAUUGAAUUGAAAACGUAGUUUAACUGAAUGUAACUGAACUGAUCAGUAUCAAACAAAACAGAAAAGUUAUUGAUUAGUUUAUUCAUCGUCCUCCUGCGCACUGAAACCACUGAAGUUAUCUUCUUCAGUGUCGGAGUUGAACAGCCUCACAAGAGCUUUGUCACAUACCUUUUCUGUGUCGAUGUCUGUGUUACUUUCAUCAUCCCAGGGUGAAGCUGGGAAAACAAGCAUUGCUGUUUUACUGUGAAAAAAACCCUCCUGUGCGAUUUCCGUAGCACUCCUUUAACCAUUCCUUCAUUAGACUUUCCAGCAUCCAUCCUUUCUGGUUGACUAAAGCUGCACCUCAUUAUAAGCUGCAUGGUUCAAAGCGUGGGAAAAAGUAGCGGCUUAUAGUCUGGAAAAUAUGGUAAUUCAAGAAGUUUAAAAAAAUCUGUGGCUAAAGGGUCUAAAAGGUUAUACAUGUGCAGAUUAAAAUCUCCAGCUAAAAUAAUCCCAUCAAAGGAGUUGGGUAAAACUGAUAAAAACUCUUGAAUAAAAGGUGCACUCUAUUUAGAAGGCCUGUAAACAGUGACACAUAAAAUCUGAAGAAUGCUAAAAGCGGCUGCAGUACAUUACAGACAGCGAACAUUAAAAAGAGUCAUAUUGACAGAUGCUGGAGGUAGAGUGGCUGUGUGAUUUAUUGAACUUGAGGUGUUUGGUUGCUGUUUAAGGUUAUUGAAGUUGGGUUUGCUAGAUUUACGAUUGAUUGGUCGCUCUCUGCUGAUAAUGACAGGUAUGUGGUUGGUUUGGCAGGGUCCAAGUCCGAUAUGUGAGUUAAUGUUCAAAUCAAGGCUGGGUUUGUAGGUACUUGAACCAGGGGGGCAUCACGCCGGGGACACACUGGCCGCGGAAGCGCCGCGAAAAUAGGACCGCCUUCAUUCGGCGCCCUUGUUAAGCUAUUCUAUAGACCACAUGGGCCGCCGAAGCGCCACGAAUCGCCUCGCGCCGGCGCUCCAGCCCGCGCCGUGCAGCGAUCAUUUCAGCGUUGGCUCUAUUUUUUUUCGCGAGCCGCGGGUGAAUCGCGUGAAUUCUGGCAGGAAGUCAAACGUAGACAUAAGAGGCAGGCCGGUAAAGUUAACAAAAUAAAGCAUUUCAAAAUAAAAUUCCGCAAUAGUCAAAUGUGUUCUUAAACAGACACUGCAGAAAAACCAAACGAACACGCACACACAUACACACACAUCGAACUUGUGUGCGUGUGUGACCACGUGAAGGGGGGUGUGGUUUUGGGUGUCUUUUCACCGGAGCAAACAGGACAGAGAGGCAGAAAGUCUGAGGCAAGCAGUUAGGAUGGAUGACUUUAAUUUGAUGCAACCUUGUGUGAUUGGCUGGCAAUUGGCCUAAAGGGUGGUUUUCCCAAGCCCCAUUGAGUUUGCAGUCCCAGACUCCUCUUGAUGUUGUACAUCUCCAAGCUUUGAAUCAUCCAUGAGUUCUACAUUGAGUCAUAAGCUUUCUUGUACUCUAUCCAGGCCAUACACAGGUUGGCGUGUCAGGGUUUGCAGUCUUGGGCGACUAUUCGGUCUAUCAGCAGUUGUUGUUUUGCUCCUCAGUUUUCUCUGGCCAUGACCUUCUGUGCUGUGCUGAUUAUUGUUCUAGUUUCCACUUACCUUAGUUGUUAUGAUGCCUGAAAUGAGCUUCCUGUGGAGAGACAGGUUAUUGGCCAAUGGUUGGAUGGGACUGGAUAGUCGUCAGGGCACACUGUCCCGCAUGAUUCCCAUUCUGCCCUUUCAAACACCAGUACUUCCCUGCUGCCACACACCUGACUUAAACAAAUGAGUGAUUAGCAGUCAUCUGCAGCACUUGAUGUCCUCCUGAAGAGGCAAUGGAAAUACAUAAGUCAGGUGUGCUGAAGCAGACACAUGGAAAACAUGUAGGAUAGUGGCUCUGAGGAGCAGGGUUGGGGAACACAUCUUUUGCUGGUUUGAUUGAGAAAAGUAGGUUCAUUUAUCUCAUAGCAUGGGGAUUUUUGCUUUCCUUGAAGUUUGCUGCUAUAUCUUAAAACUCUCAAAGUCAAUAAAACGAGCCAGUUCCACUGGAAAGCCCAGGUAUUGAGUUUCAUCACAAAAUUUACAUAAACACUUUUGAACGAAAUAUGAUGCUCAGAGCCCCCGAAACAUACUCUGCCAUCAUCUUGACUAUGCCCUCAUUUUAGAGAUAUUAUUGCUUGUUUGGCAGACCUUAUGAAGAAGGAAAUAUUUGCCCUUUGUGGAAGGCAUUUGUCAGGCUUAAACCCUGUGAUUCAGCUGUUGCUGGAGACAAAAGAAAUGUACUACUUUUUACAUAGCCUAACUAAAAUUAAAGUUGUUAUAUUUUGCAAAGAUAAGUACAAUCUGAUGUUAGUAACUUAGAAUGCUUUAGUAUUGCUUAAUUAUUUAUGUGAGUCUGACUCCGCAUAAAUUGGUAUUGGUGAAUGUUGGUAUCAGAAAUAAGAAUUAGUGUCAGGAUCUGCUCCGACCCCUCUGACUCUUGGUCCCGUCUACCCCUAAUUAGUUGCUUAUUGUACUCACCUGCCCCUUGUUAUCCUACCCAUGUGUUCCUGAUUAUCCUUGUGUAUUUAUACCCCCUGUUCUGCACUUGUCCCCUGUCGGAUCAUUGUUGUGUCUCCACCCUGUUACGUUGCUCCUGCUGUAUCCUAUCUGCCAGUACUCAUUAAAUCCGUUUUAUUUUUACCUGAGCUGCAUUUCUGCCUCCUGGUCCAGCUCCACCACACAUGGUCCGCCUCCACCCACACCGUACCGUGACAGUGAGACUAUAUUGGUUUAUUGGAUAUCAGUAAAAAGCAGAUAUCAAACAUCCAUAAUGCGUGGAUAUGUGCGUGGAGAUUGGUUUUAUUUUUCUUCUCUUUUCUUUCUCCCUUCCUUUUUGAUGGGUCUGUUUUUUUUAGCAUCUCCAUCAGAACUGGGCAGGUCUAGACCUUACCAAGGAGUCCGAGUCCGAGAUCCUGUGAAAGAGCUGCUCAGGAGGAAGAGGAGUCUGGAGCUCCAAAACACCAAGAACACACCUCCUGCAGCGGAUGUGGAGGCUCAUAACAAUCAGUCAUCAUUUACACAAGGAAGUUUUGGCUCUGAUGCUGCAGCUGGUUCCUCAGCUGAGCUGGCUGCAGCUGGUGAUGAAGGGCUGCUGUGUGCUGGGUGGAAAACUAUGUCCUCUGUCACCAAUGCUGCUCCGCAACCUGCUGUCAUGGCCUGGUCUCCUUCUGACUACAACCAGCAGGACCCCACUGCUCAGACUCUGGCCUACCCUGCUGCCCCAGCCCUUGCUGCUGAUGUGUACAUGCAGACACUGUGCCCCAGCUACACCAUGCUAACCUACACUCACACACCACUGCUGACUAACUUUGGGAUACCAGUGGCCCCCGGCCAAUCAUCCCUCUCUUCAGUGGAGUUCCCAGAUUCGGGGCUAGCCUACCCUCUGUGGGCCCAGCCCCUCACCACCAUAUCUACUUUACCCAAUCCAGGAGUCCAGUUUCCUCCUGGUUCAGCAUCCCCUCUCAUCCACAUGCCCUUGUCCUUGCCUUUAACCUCUGUGAUCCCUCAACUUGAUGCCCAGGAUGUAAACCCUCAGCCCCAAAUCGUGGACCUCCCACAUCAUUCAGAGGAUCAGCUGGACCCAGAACCACAAGAGCAAUCUUUGAGUGAAGAGACAGAAGAAGAAUCAGAAUCAUCCAACCUGCUGGACAAACUCCUGGAGGAUCAGAAAGGGCACGAUGAAGAAGAGGACAAAGACUCAUACACCAACUCCCUUUUUUUGCCUAACAUCUGAAAACUGACUGUAGUUUCUCCAUGAAACUAAGUCCUUUUCUUUCUCACAUAUGUGAAUGCAUAACCACAGUGUUUUUGAGGGUAUGUUUUGUAGGUGUGGCUCUAGAAACAUUCAGAAACAAAGAUGGGUCACCAUGAUCUCCUGAAAUUCCUGAAACACAAGAAACAUGGAAUACACUCGCUUGCAUUUUUAUCAUGAAAUGCCACAAAUUUCCUUUUAAAAUAAUUGUUUUUAGUUGUCACUUCAGACCUGUGUCCAGUUCUUCUGAUAUUUGGGAAUUGUUGUAACCAUCUCUUUUUGCUGCAUGCUUGCAGCCCUCCCCACAGAUGUUUAAAUCCUCCCCCACUCAGGUGUUUAUAGCAGCAGUCAUGUUUUCUGGCAGACGAUUGCUGGAAAGCUCAGAAAGGUGGGAUGCAAACUUCUACAACUACAAACCUCAAACCUAACUAAGGCUUUAAGGUGUGGAAGUCUAAAAACGUUUUAAUGAUUAUUUCUGAUUAUAAUAGAGCUCCGGGAGUUGACGUCACUUCUCCCGGCAUGCAACAGUUCAAAUCGAAACGGCGCCAUAUUGGCAGGCAGAAGCCGGCAGCUGAACUAUUUGUUAUUGUCAGAAAACUCAAUCAGACAGGAGAUACGGUAGAUUCCUGUUGUGCCCCAGGAUGCAGAACAGACGCAGACGACAUAAGGAAUGAGCCAUCUACAGGAUUCCCCAAGAUCCGGAGCGCCGCAAACGUUGGAUCAUUGUAAUAAAACGCGCUAGUGACCGGGCUAAAAUGAAACUGUGGGAUCCCGAGAGUAAAGGUUUUCAUUAAUGCAGCGACCACUUCAUAUCAGGUACUUAAACCAACAUUUCCUCAACUGUGUAUGGUAUUUAUUUUAAAUGCUUUUAUUACGAUUCUUAGUGGGCUUCCUAAACUUAUUUUGGCGUGGCUUUUUCUGUCUUAUUACUCAUAGCAGCAAGAAAACAUCACGUAAAACGUUGCCUCGUGAUUUCUGCGUGCUGCCGUUUACGUGUUUUAUGAUCACAGCAAUUAACCGACUAAGCUGUAUUUAAUUUUUAAGCAAUGGUUGAUCAGGUGUCAGAUCACACAUAAAAAGCACUUUGGAUUGCUAUUAUCUGUCUCACCGAGACAGAUCUCAGACAGAUCCUGAGACGCUCCUGCCUGACAUAUUUAUUUUAUUCACGGAAAAAAAAUCAAACUAGUGAUUUCUCUUGGCGUUCAGUUUAUACAUUCAAACAGCACAGCACUCUAUUUAAACUACUUACAUGUAAAUCAGUUAUUUGUCCAUCCAUCCAUUUUCAUCCGCUUAUCCGGAGUCGGGUUGCGGGGGCAGUAGCGUCGAGAGGCCCAGACUUCCCUCUCCCCAGCCACCUGAGCCAGCUCCUCCAGGGGAAUCCCAAGGGGUUCCCCGGCCAGGUCCAGUAAGAAGUCCGCUCCGACAGCUUCUGGCGUUUUUAAAAAGUAUCCCAGGGGCACGGUAAGGGUCGGAGAUGUUUAGUCUAUUUAAUUUCUGACUAUAAAAAAUGAGUUUUUCAGUUUUAAAGUGUGAAGUAAAGUCCAGCGGAGUAAAAUUCAAGCCGAUCCCGUUCAUUUUGUUUACGUUUGUUGCCUGCCAACAUGGCUUCUACUCUCUGAGAGUGACGUGACGUCCGGAGCUCUAUAGGUCACUGUGAGUUUUUCUUGCAGGCUGAACAUGAAAAAGGUCCCCUCCACCUACCUUCUGCAUUAACUUCUGAGACGGUGAAACUCUAGGAUUUGAAAACCCUGACAGAUGUACGUCACACUGUCACUGAGCAUUCAUGGACUCACCCAUCUUGGCUCAUGACGGAGAAGGCUGUUGUUGGUUUAGUGUCCAGGAGACAGCAGUGAAUGUCCCUACUGGUAGAAGCUAACCAUUAGCAACUCCACCACACAGCAGAACUUAUUCAGGCUUGUGUUAUUUGUGGGGAUAAAAAAAUCCAUGUUGCAAGGCAGUGGUAGUGCUGUUAUCCAAUCAGAGGCGAACUGUCUAAACAUCAGGAAAUAAGACUCCAAAUCCGGCUUGUCCACGCUGAUCUAAGCGAUUCUGGGUGUUGUUGUUUGUUUUUGUUUUUUUUGCCCUGAGUACGGCUUGCAAGGCAUUCAUUCCUACAACAGGCCACUAUAAAUGUACUGAUUAAAUGCGUUUCCCAUACCUUUUAUAAAAAUCCAUAAUUAUAACUCGUGUUGAUUUUUUUAAAGAUAAGUAAGUACAAGACCUGUUACGGAUUUUAAAUGUUUUCAUGUUUCCAGCAGUUAAUUCUUUAAUAAUGGAUGUUUUAGACACAGAAUUUAUGCCUUUACUUUUGUCUGUGUUUGUAAAAUGUCAUGUUUGUCAUUAACAAAGAAAAUUAAAUAUUUAUUACAUUAUAAGAAAAAAUAAUAAAACACUUUAGUAAAUGUCUG